CUGAGUGGAACGCCGUCGACGCUGAGCCGCGUCUGCCCGUGGCCCGUGCGUCGUCGUCGUCGUACUCCGUCACCGUACGCGCGCGACACGUUACAUUUGUCCGCCGCGAGAUAACGAGAUAAUACUGCGCGCGUACACAUACGCACACACACACACGCCCUCACAUAUAUCGGCGAGAUAACUGCCGUCGGUGGUGCUGCUGGUGGUGGUGGUGGCGGUGGUGGUGCAGUAUAUACGCGGAAACGGCACCGUCGUUGCCGUCGCGGUGCACUUCGUAGCGCCGCGCGAAGGUACACGCACACUGUAUAAUAUACAUCACGCACACACGCGCCCGCGCGCGCCACUCGGCUACGCGGUACACACAUUUCGUGCGUCGCGUUUCUCGGUCUACACAGUACGAUCGUUGCAGUCAGUCGUCGUCCGACGUGUGUGCGGCGCGCUUCGUCCGAAACGAUAUUAUUUGUAAUAUUCCUGUGUGAUUAUAAUAUCAUAUAUUUUUUUUAAAGAAUAUAUCAAUAUAAUAUUGAGGAGACACGUACUAUCAUAUUAUAUCCAACGUAUAAUAUCAUAUCGUUGUACCGUACGGUUUUUUUCGUCGCGACACACCAAAAUGGCAAACUGAACGCACCGGCGGUUUCGUUGUCCCUCGUGUCGUGUACCGGUCCCGCCGCCGACAGGAAUCUAAGACGAAAUAAUAUUAUUAUGAUCGUGUGGUGAACGGCGGCUCGCGUGUGUUGCUGUUGUCGUUGUUGUUGUUGUUGCUGUCGUCAUACGACGUUCGACGAAAACGCGGCCGGACGACAUGAAGAAGUUCACGUUCAAAGGCGUUUUGGACGGUAUACGGUCCUCCGUGGCGCCGCAGAUCAAACCCGAUCAGGAAAUCGUCGAGACGCUCCGGCCCGACUACUUCCAGGUGGCCAAGACGUUUCGUCAUGGUUUUCCGUACCAGCCGACUGCUCUUGCAUUUGACCCCAUACAACGGUUGUUGGCCAUUGGCACCAAAAACGGAUCUUUACGAAUAAUUGGAAGGCCUGGAGUGGAUGCACAGGUUCGACACGAAUUAGAGGCGGCCGUCGUUCAGGUGGAGUUUCUGAUGAACGAAGGAGCGUUAAUCACGGUAACCGCCGACGAUAGCUUACACCUAUGGAAUUUCAGACAAAAAAGAGCUGACGUUGUCCACAGCUUAAAAUUUCAACGAGAAAGAAUUACAGUUAUACACCUUCCACUCCGUAGCAAGUGGCUGUACGUGGGUUCGGAAAGGGGCAAUGUACAUUUCGUCAACGUCGAGACGUUUACCCUUUCCGGCUACAUAAUAAACUGGAAUAAAGCCAUCGAAGUGACCAGACCCACCCAUCCAGGACCCAUCGUGCACCUGAGCGAUAAUCCUGCAGAUUCCAGCAAGCUGCUCAUUGGCUUCGAGACUGGUCUGAUGGUGUUGUGGGACCUGAAGACAAAGAAACCCGAAUGCCGCUGGCAAUGGGGUGACUCGCUCAAGUCUAUAGAUUGGCAUUUCGAAGGAAAACAGUUUACGUGCAGUCACAACGAUGGCAGUCUAACCACGUGGAAUGUCAAGCCGUCAACAAAACCAGCAAAUAUAAUUUAUCCUCACGCAAAAAACAAAACGGAGUCAUGCAAGCCUAUUCAAAAAGUCGAGUGGAAAUCAUCGAAAUCCGGCGAAUCGUAUUUGAUAUUUUCCGGAGGGUUGACCGCCGAUACUGCUGGCCGCGUGCCCAGCAUAACGAUCAUGCACGGGAAAACGACUACCGUUCUCGAAAUGGACCACAACAUCGUCGACUUCGUUACGCUGUGCGAAAGUCCUUACAACAGCGACGUCCAAGAGCCGUACGCCGUAGCGGUGCUCAUGCAAAACGACCUAGUGCUGAUCGACCUGCUCAGCUCAGGAUAUCCGUGUUUCGAGAACCCACACCCGAUGGACAUUCACGAGUCACCCGUGUCGUGCGUCCAUUACAUCGCUGACUGCCCAUCAGACUUGAUACCGGCAUUCUAUUCGGUCGGUUCGAGAUCCGCAUCGAAGAGGACAGGCUACAGCGAGAACAAGUGGCCCAUCGCCGGCGGUGAGUGGAGCCCGACGUCCUGCAGCUACAACGAGAUCAUUCUCACCGGGCACACGGACGGCAGCGUACGGUUUUGGGACGCGAGUGCCGGCAGUCUGCAAGUGCUGUACAAACUGAAAACCGCCAAGGUGUUCGAAAAGGCCAGGUCAAAAUCGCCGGAAGGCGGUGACGAAGAUCAAUUUUCCGUGCAAAUGUUGUCGUUCUGUCCGGAGAGCAGGAAAUUAGCCGUUGCCGGCAUCUCGUCGUACGUCGUGCUAUUCAAAUUCCGAAAACUCGAGUCCACGUUCGAAACCACGACGCUCGAGAUACCGAUAUACUCGGAGAGCCUGGACGAGGCGGCCGAAAGCUCACCGGAAGAAGCGCCGUCGAAACCGGCGGGCGCGUCCGAAGAAAGCACUGCGCUGGUCAAGGUCCGGACAGGGCCCCAGAAGAAACCGCCCGGCUUCCAGGCCUGUCUGGCGUGCGUGACGCCCUCCAACAACGGCGAACCACCCGGUCAGAUCACCGCACUCACGAUUAAUUCAUCGUACGGACUGCUCGCCUACGGUCUGGACAACGGUAUUGUGAUAGUAGACUUUAUACAAAAAUGUGUUCUCCUAAACAUCAGCACUGCCGACAUGUACGGCAGUGCGGACCCGUACCAAAGGGCUCCCAGGUCGCCGAAACGAACAACCGCCUUGAGCGAGACCAGCGACGGCGAACGGUGCCGGUCCCCCAGUAUCGAUCAGGGCCUCGAAGACGAAGCCGAGGAACUGGAAGAACUCAGCAAACUGGCCCUGAGCCCGGUGGGCGUGUACUCGACCCAGGUGUCGCCGAACCCCGCCAACCCUGAUUGGCUAGAUGACGUGACCGAGCGGGCGGAAGAGGCGCUCGUCCUGAUCCCGGCCGUGGCGCCGGAACCCGGGGAACCGGCGGAACCGGGAGAACCGCCUCCGCCGCCACCACAGCCCACGGCGGUGACCGCGACGUCUUCGGAACCGGCCACCCCUGCGCCGGUCAAGGGCAACGGCCGCCGGACCAGUCACUCAUGGCGAGGCCUGAAGAAACAGCUGAGUCGCGUCGACCUGAGACUGAAAAACACGUUUAACGCAACGCCCGCCAAGAACAAGGCGUCCACGUUCUACGGCACCGGCGAACAACCGGAAACUGAUGAAGCCGGAAGCGUCAGCACGGCCACCAUCACCACCACAACCACCUCCACCACCACUAACUCUGCCACCACCACGUUCACGACCACCACGGCCACGACCACCGCUACCACCAGCCGUCUACCUCAAAUCAUAACCGAAACCGAUGGCCAAGAGCAUCGGCUGGACGGCGGUGGCACGCAGUCGGCGGCCCGCGACCAGUCGUCCACCUCGGCCGCGGCCACCAGGCCCACGGAGCUCAAGCUGUUCGACCGCGACGGCAAGCCCAUUAAACCCCCGCGGUCAACCAAAGAGCACCGGAAACGGACGUCGCUGGACAAGCAGGUCAACCUGACCGCGGGGUCGUCGCGGGACGCCCGACUCUUGUCCGUGCCCAACAUCAAGUACAGCCAAAGGGACCCAAAACAUAACCGGUCGAACAACCAAGCGUUCAUCAACCUCAUUAAACGACUAAACAAGUUGGACAGCUCGUUCUCCAGAUCGCGGAGUUCUAGCAUGUCGAGCUUAGACAACAUCACCACGGAGUCGAUACAAUGUUUGACGUUCGGCGAUUCGUACACGAAGAAAUCCGAUCCGUCUAACUUCCCGACCCUCUGGAUAGGCACCAGCGUGGGAUCGGUGCUCACCAUAAUGAUCAAUCUACCACCCUCCGGAGAGCCCAGGACCACGCAGCCCGUAACCGUCGCUCCUUGUGGUACGAUAUUCAGACUGAAGGGCGGAGUGCUUACCAUGUCGUUCCUGGACUGCAACGGCGCAUUAAUACCCUACGCGUACGAAGCGUGGAGAGACGAGGGCCGAGACAAACAAAAAACGCCGACCAAAAACUCGAGCGGGCUGAACCGCAUGUCGCCGGCGCUGACGGGGAGCUCGGAGAGCGUGUCCAGCAACCCCGGCGGUGGUGGCGGCGUCGGCGGUUCGGGCGUCGCGCAGCUCCAGCAACAGUCGCAGGUGUCGUGCGACCGGCAGUUCGUGACCAUCGUCAGCGAGAAACAGGUCAGGGUGGUGGCCCUGCCGUCGCAGAACUGCGUCUCCAAAUAUGUGAUACCCGACGCCGACUUCAUGGUCAAAUCCGAAGUCAUAUCCAUGAAAGAUAGCGUAUGCCUGGCGUGUUACAUAUCCAACGGCCACAUAAACAUCUACAGCCUGCCGAGUCUCAAGGUGCUGGUGGACGUCGACUUCCUGGCGCUCUCCGAUCUGAGUUUUCAGACCCAGAAACAGGGCAUAGUUGACCCAAUGUUAUCCAUAUGGGGCCAACAGAUGUUUGUCAAUGAAGACACUGACCAAAUUGCCAAGACGUUUUGCUUCAGUAAUCGGGGGCAUGGACUGUUUUUGAACACGCCGUCAGAGGUGCAGAGAUUUUCCGUUUCCACCGAAUUCUGCCAAAGUCUACCGGAAAUGAUGGGUGAACUGUUCCAACCGCACGAGAUGCCCGAACCGCCUAAGCAAAGUUUCUUCAUUGGACUCUUUGGAGGUGGCUCUAGAUCCAUCGACCGUGAAGAACUGUUCGGCGAGUCGACCAGCGGUAAAGCACCGAAACUCGUGGCCAAACUCGUACCCGGCCCGUCGGCCCAACUGGACGCGCUCGGAAACCGGGCGAGCACGGCGGCCAGUGAGAUAUCGAGAGCCCAUCUAUUGGCCGUGGAACGUGGCGAGAAGCUCAGCAACCUGGAGGACCGCACCGCCAGGAUGAUGAACGAAGCCGAACAGUUUUCCUCCAACGCCCGAGAGCUGAUGAUGAAGAACAGGGACAAACGAUGGUAUCAACUGUAGACCCGCCGAUUUCAUGUUGUUUCUCUCUCUCUCUCUCUCUCUCUCUCUCUCUCUUCCUCAGUAUAUAUAUAUUCUCUCCCCGCCCUUUCUCUAUCUCUCUUUUGUUCUCUCUAUAAUACAUCUCUAUAUUUACACAAAUAUACACAAACGCAUUAAACAAAAAAGUCACCCACACACAAAAAAAAUCGUACUUAAGGAUCUUCCAAAUAAAUUUUCUCUGUUAACAGAUUUCGCUUUAAAAAUAAAAUUAAAAAAAAAAAAAAAUAAUUUC